AUGGAUGUUAUUGAAAGUAUACCAGACUCGGUAUCUGAAGUAGGAAUUUCCUUUGAAAAAGAGCACUUGCUUCAAGAUGAGACGAGCAGCUUGUUUGAACAAGAAUUUACAGAACAAGACGUUCUACCCUUUCUGCUGCAAGCGCAAGACAUUAUAUCCAAGUUGGAAUCGAGAGUUGUCGAGUUGGAGCAUGAUUUAUCAACAAUCCAUAGAAAGUAUGAACAUGAUCGAGGUGAAUGGCUAGUAGGUCUGUCUCAGAAAGAUCAGUACAUCACACAUCUAUCAAGCAAACUGCAAAAGACAGAUUUCAAUAGCAAGGAAGUCAUUGUUCUGCUAUCCGAUUUAUUCAUCAACAAUGUGAACAUGGAGGAACAAAUGAAAUCAACUGUAACAUUAUGUCUAAAUUAUCUUCGACAAACUUCUUCCACUUCUUCUUCUGUACAACAACAAGAGGAGCCCAUCAGGGACGAUGGCAUCGAUGAUUUGGAAGAAGGCGAACUGGAACGCCGACAAGCAGCCGUAGCAGAAUGGAGGCUCACAGACAAUAAUAACAACAUACCAGACCGUUCUUCAACCGACCCAGUAGCCAUAGUAAAUAAAAAAAAGGCAUGUGAUGAUGAAGGCCCAGUGCAUUUAACAGAAGACGAGUUAUCAUCCUCACUUUCCACUUGCUCAUCCACUAGCAGCGACAAUAAGCACCUUCAACACCACCACCACCACCAUCAUCACCACGGCAACAAUGAUUCUUCCUUGACAUUGCCCACCACCUACGCUGUGAACGAUGACCAAGACCACACUAGCUUUUGUACAAACUGUAAACAGCUUCUAUCUCAACUCGAUUCACAAGUAGAGAGACAAGCCUAUCUGAAACGAGAUCUCAGCUCCCUUGCAUCUGCAUUGUCAGAAGAGGAAGACAUUCGAUCAGCUGUGGAACAAGACAAGGAACUACUGGAGCAAGAUGUUGGAGACAUUACAUCUGCAUUAUUCUUAUCCCUGAAUCAAAUUUUGAUGGAUGAAGUGACAGACAGAGAUGGUAUCAUCCAAAUCCACCGCGAAACAAAUGGCAAGCUAUCUCAAAUACUAGACGCUUGGGAUACACGAGACUUGAGGCUGAAGCAAGUCAAGGAUCUGUUGAUAGAGUUGGACUCGGUAGUGCAUCAAAGUGCCAAUGCAAGCUGUACAAUCUCACGUCGUUACUCUCAGCAGCAGCAGCAGCAGCAGCACCCACAUCAACAACAACAAAUAAAGCAACACAAAUCACCUGUUCCUACACCCACAACUUCUAAUUAUCGUCUCUCAUCUCGAUCUGCCAUGAGAUUACCGUCCAUAGACAGCAGUGGCAGUAGCAGCAUGCAUCACACCAGACACCAUGAUGCCAACACUAUACAUAUUGAUGGCUUUGUGUUAGCCGAAUUCCAGCACCACCUCAAAGCUGUCAUGGAAAGUAACACAUCAGUGAUACCGUCGACUCCAUUUGUCAAGAGAGUGUUUAAUGAGGAUGUGGAACCUUGUUUAUUCUUUCCUCAAUCGCAAGGUUGGUGGAAAUCUCCGUGGUUCAAAAAGAAGCUGUUGGAUGCCAUUUCCAAGAACAAGUGCGAAAUUCAGGGCUGGCAUGAUCCAAACUACAUUUCUAAUAUAACAAGCACCACAACUUCCUCUUCGCUGUCUACCAAUACAUCUCCUGCGACAAGCCAUAUAUCCUCUUCCUCACAACAUAGUGUUAAUUCCUCUUCGGUCAUCAUGCCUCCAAAGACCAAAUGUGCAUGCUGUAAUAUACUAAGAGUGUGUGAAUUCAAAAUGAGAUUACCCAUCGCCAGCAAGAGCAACAUCAACACCAGCAACAGCGGUACAUCCCGACUUCAACCACAACAACAGCAACAGCAACAACCUUGGUUGCCUAUUGACAGGUUUUGCCGAGAUAGACUUGUUGCAGUUUGCGGAUAUUAUAGUUUCAUGUCCCACCUGAAACUCUUGGCUUCAUCCCCUUUAUUGAAUACAUUCAGGCAGGUAAUGCAACAUCGAAGAAAGAUGACCUUGGCAAGAGUGGGGUCCGUGGGCCUAUUUGAUGAUAUCAAUGGCGGCGGAAUAGAAGAUGACGAUGAUAUGAUCAAUAAGCGAUCAAGCUCUUGUUCAAACACUUCUGCCAAAAGGCAAACUUACCAGCAACAAAGACGUCAAAGAAGAAACCGAGAGAGCCUUGUCUUGGAUCAUUCCGGAAGUGGGAGCGACACAGCAAGCGUUGUGAGUGUGAGUGAAUUACAAGGUCUGGAGGGUUCUUUUGGACAGAUUGUCAUUGUUCACUAA